UUUUCAAGUGUGCGGUCUCCCUUUCCAUCAUAGUCCUGGAUUUUCCGAGGCGGCCGCGGGUUCGUGAACUGACUGAAAACUUGGUCAACAAGCCACCGUAAAUCCGCUUCGAUCCCAGGACUUGAGUCCGGUUCGUCCGUUGAUCCGCCGGUCCGAGCAGAGCCCGCUGAGUGAAGCCGAGCAGAGGGAUUGUUGUUGGUCCCUUUGGGUCUGGUUCCGGUCGCGGACGGUGUGUUCUGUCGGUACUUUGGUAGUUGUGGGUCGGCGGACUCGGCUCCAUGUGGGCAGAUUAUCUCUAACAAAGACCCGCGUCUCCCGCCGCAAACACCCGCCGAGUCCCGCUGCCACAGCCCGGUCCGGAACCGGCUCCGAACCACGGGGUCUGCUGCCCGGACCGACAGUCCGGUGGUCUGGGUUCUGGUCCCGGUUUCCCUCCUUUUUUCCGCCGUCAGUCGCAGAUGCCGCUGCUCCACAGAAAAGCCUUCGUCCGGCAGGGACCCCCGGCGGACCUGCGGCCGGACGAGGAAGUCUUCCUCUGCAAGAUCACCCACGAGAUCUUCCGAACCUACGAUGAGUUCUUCGAGCGGACCAUCCUCUGUAACAGUCUGGUGUGGAGCUGCUCCCUGACUGGACGGGCUGGUCUCACUUACCUGGAGGCCGUGGACAGCGAGCGCCGAGCACGGCAGAGUCUCCGCAGUUUCCCGCCGUGUCUGGUCCCGCCUCUUCUUCACCUGGCAUCUCUGAGUCGCCGCUGCAGGUUGACGGAGCUCUGUGAGGAUGUCUACGCCUUCAUCAAAGACCGCUUCUUCCCUGGGGAGAUGGUGGACGUCAGCGGACGCAAUGGAGCUAGACAUGUUUGCCAGGUGCUCCAGGUCCACUCUCCUCACUCCACGGCUAACGGAGCACCGGUCCUCAAAGGUGUCGCCAAAGUAACAGACGGAGACGCAAUUGUCAUCAGUGACAGCGACGACGACAGCGAUGUCUUCCAGAGUCCUACAGGACAAGUCAAUGGGUCCGGAGGUCAAAGUAAAAAGCAGAAACCUCUGAACCCGUCUGUGUUUAAAUACACGGUGAAGAUGAUGAAGGACCAGCACAGCGAAGCCUUCACUGUCAGAGCCAAUCAGAUCAGUCGUAGGAAGAACGUUGUGUCCAGAGAGCGGCUGAAGCUGCUUUUUAAACAACACUGUGAACCUCACAAUGGAGCCGUCAUAGUCAAGGCAUCCACGGUGGCAGAGUACCGCCUCUCUGAGCAGACAUUCUCCCAGUUCUUCCCUGACGAGCCCCCGCUGUUCCCCUUCAGGCCCCCCUCCAAGGCUGGGGGGCGGGGCUCGGCUGGACAGGCCAACCUGUCAUUGUUGAAAGCGGCCGAGGAGAAGCUGAAGCUGCUGCAGCAGCGCGAAGACAUGGCGGCGGCGGCGGCGGACAGAGCGCGCACGAAGAAGGAGAAGGAGGAGGCGCAGGAGGCCAAGAGGAGGGAGAAGGAGGACAAGGAGAGGCUGAAGGAGGAGCAGAGGAGGAGGUUUGAGGAGGAGAAGCAGAGGAGGAGGGAGGAGAAGGAGCGACGCAAACUGGAGAAGGAAAAGGAGCGAGAGAAGCUGAAGGAGGAGAAGAAGAAAUACGCAGAACGUCUGAAACUGUGGAACAAACCCAGAGAUGACAUGGAGUGUGAGGACCUGAAGGAUCUUCCCGACCCGGUUCCGGUCAGAACCCGUCUCCCUGCAGAACUGUUUGGAGAAGCUCUGAUGGUUCUGGAGUUCCUGCGAGCCUUUGGGGAGGUGUUCGGCCUGAAGGACGAGUUCCCUGACGGAGUCUCUCUGGAGGUUCUAGAGGAAGCCCUGGUGGGUUCGGAUCCUGAAGGUCCACUGUGUGAGCUGCUCUUCUUCUUCCUGUCGGAUUUUCAGGCUCUGGACGAGGAGCAGGAGGAGGUGGCCACAGACCAGGCUGAAGACCUAUCGGAGGCUCUGGAUGACGAGUCGGACCCCAACCAGUCGGCUCUGAGCGCCGUCGCCUCAUUGGCCGCUGCCUGGCCUCAACUGCAUCAGGGGUGUGGUCUGAAGCAGCUGGACCUCGACAGCUGUACGCUCUCCGAGAUUCUCCGCCUCCACAUCCUGGCCUCCGGCGCCGACUGUAACCACGGCAACGCUAAGUUCAGGUACCAGAAGCAGGGCGGGUUCACUCUGACGGACGACCCGUGCGUGGAGCUGCGAUUGGCCGAGCCGGCGCUGUUGAAGAGGCUGUCAUGCGCGUCAGUGUACGACCUGAUGCCAGGGGAAAAGCUGAAGAUCCUCAACGCUCUGGUGGGAAAACUGUUGACGCUGGCGUCCAGUCGAGACCUGAUCGAAGACUGCGUGGACGAACAGAAGGCAGCAAGACAGGAGCUGAGAGAGAUCCGAGCGGAACAGCACCGCCGCGACCGCGAGGAGGCGGCGCACAGGGUUCGGCUCCGGAAGGAGGAGAAGCUGAGGGAGCAGGAGCAGAGGCUGAAGGAGAAGGAGGAGAAGCUGAAGGAGCAGGAGGCCAAGACAGAGCCACACACCAGCAGUGUGAACCGGUCGGUAUCUGAGGGCAACCUGGAUCAAAACUCAGCGCUGACCAACAAGAGGAAAACGAAAGCUAAAGAUGAGCAGCAGAUGACCUCUGACCCCAAACUGACGUCCAACCCCCCCUCGGGUCUGACGGCGGAGGAGCAGGAGCAGGAGCAGGAGAAGGUCCGGGAGCUUCAGGACCGGAUCCAGAGGGCGGCGGCCUGCACCUGCCUCCAUCCUCUGGGCCGAGACCGCCUCUAUCGCCGAUACUGGCUCCUCCCCUCCGCCUGCGCGCUGUUCGUAGAGGACGACUGCUUCGGCCUGACGGAGGAUAUGCUGCAGCCCCGUCCAAACCCCAGCCACAACAAUGAUGAGGUUCAGAAGGAGGUGGAGCCUGCCGGGUACAGUGUACUGAAACCCGCCCCCCUUCACACCUGCAGCCCGCCAGUCAGCCGCCCCAACCAAUGGUCGUUCUACAGCUCAUUGGAGGAGGUGGAUCAGCUGAUCGACGCUCUGAACCCCAGAGGUCAUCGAGAGAGCGGCCUGAGGGAGGCGCUGGUGCAGGAACGAGAACGACUGCAGCAAGUCCUGCAGAACGGAGACAAGAACAAGUACUGGUACUGCACAGGUGACUCUGAGGCGUCCCCAUCCUUCCCAGAAUGCACUGGUGCUGCAGAGGUGGUGCUGGAGGUCAGACUGAGGGACCUCCUGCUGGACAUAGAGGACCGCAUCCACCAGGGAACUCUGGGAACUCUGAGGGUGAUGGAUAGACAGACGUGGCGUUCAGCCUUAGAGGCGGGAGACUAUGACCAGCUGAGUGACAGCAGAGAGAAUGGAAUGGAGGCCAUGGAGGUGAACUCCACCCACCUGAGGACCAGAGACAGGGUUCAGGAGUUGAAGGCUGACGUGGUGGCGUGCAGCGGCAGUGGGACGCCUCAGGUCGUCAGCGGCUCGGUCCGAAGCCUGGCUCUGGCUCUGACCCACAUUGAACAAGGCAUCGAGAGACGCUUCCUCAAAGCUCCGCUUGGUGACGACGACUCCAAGAAAGACCAGAGGACGAAGAAAAACAAGAAGAAAGAUGAAGAUCAGGCCAGCGACGACGGCAGCGACAGCGGCCGUGUCACUAAGACGGUGUUGGAGCGCUGGAGGGAGUCUCUACAUGCCUGUUCCAGCCUGUCCCAGGUGUUCCUUCACCUGUCAACUCUGGAACGAAGCAUCCUGUGGUCGCGAUCCGUCCUCAACGCACGAUGUCGAAUCUGCAGACGCAAAGGAGAUGCCGACAACAUGCUGCUGUGUGACGGCUGUGACCGUGGACACCACACCCACUGUCUGAGGCCCCGCCUUAAGUCGGUUCCAGAAGGCGACUGGUUCUGUCCAGACUGUCGACCCAAACAGAGGUCAAGUCGUGUCCCGUCCCGUCAGCGCUCGUCCAUCGACGAAGAUGAAGAACAGGAAGAAGGGGAGGAUGAUGAAGAGGAGGAGGAGGAAGAAGAUGAAGAAGAGGAGGAGGAGACUGAGGAAGAGGAGGAGUCAGAGGAGGAGGACGAGGAGCAGGAGGAGGAAGUAGUGAGCAAUAAGAAGAACCAGGCUCCGCCCCCUAGGGGGAAGAGCCAGCAGGCCACGCCCAAAACCAGCUCAGGCUCAGUGGGGAAAUCCUCUUCAGCCUCCAGGUCCUCAGGGAAGAAGACAAUGCCCCCUACAUCCAAGGCCAGCACAGCGCCCGGCACAGCUCCGCCCCGUUCAGGAAAUCGCACCAGCUUGCGACUGAGCCACGAGAUCCUGGCAUCAAAUGGUAAUGCCAAGACCCCCACCCAGAGUGAGUCCAAAAAAAGACCCAUCGCAGACUUGGCUCCACCCCCCAGACCCUCCCCCAGACCGGUGCUGCCCGUCCUGUCCUCGUCCAGCAGACGGUCCUCUGGGAGGAACCACGGCGUCCACGAGCUGUCGGCCUGUGAACAGCUGACGGUGGAGCUGGUCCGACAUGACGACAGCUGGCCCUUCAUGAAGCUGGUGUCCAGAACCCAGGUUCCAGACUACUAUGACAUCAUCAAACAGCCAAUCGCUCUGAGCACCAUCAGGGAACGGGUCAACAACUGUGAAUACCAGACAGCAGGUGACUUCAUUGCAGAUGUGGAGCUCAUGUUCUCUAACUGUCUUCAGUACAAUCCUCGUCACACUAACGAGGCCAAGGCCGGGCUCCGCCUCCAACUCUUCUUCCACUCGGAGCUCAGCAGGCUCGGCCUACUGGAACGCAGCGCUGAACCCCGCCCCCCAACGCUCCAGACACUGAGAUCUGUGUGCUGUGAUUGGUUCCCAGGGCAGAGGAGUGAAAAGUGGACGACCUUUGACCUGUGGACAUUACAGACCUUUAAAUUAAAUGUUUUGACCUGGCCCUGCUCCUCUGACCUUUGACCUUUCAAAGCUGGAGUCUGUUGGUGACAUUCCACUGACGAUAGAACCAGUAGAACCAAUAGAACCAGUAGAAACAGUCUAAGCCUUGGUUCAGCUUUGAACUGACGACUACGACUCCCAUCAGGCCGUUGGUCUCCACUCAGGGAUCACACACAACACACAGACGUAACACGUAGAUGUAACUCGUAACACGCAGGCGCAACAAGUAACGCAGAAGCAACAUGCAGUUGAUCAAAUUAACGCAGGACAUCGGGUUUAAACCGAUGGAAGCAGGCGUUUGGUAUCGGAACGAGCAGAUCAAUUGAUUUGGUUUUUAUUGAUCACAGGGUUUGAGUUUUGACAGUAUCAGACUGACCCAUCAGAACCUUUAGUUGACCCGGUCAGGUGGUUUUGGUGGUUCUGAAGGUUCUGGAGCCUUCAAAGAGCAGUUGGUGAUUUAGUCUGAUUAGCAUGGACAUAUGGUUAGCGUAGCUCAGCAUCAGGACCGUCUGAUCCGGUCCGGACCGCCUGGAGCUCCAGUCUCCUCCAGCUGUAGCCAUCGUUGGUUCUUCUUCUGUGGUGUCUGCGCAGACGUUCCUCUGCUCAGUAUUUAUUCACAGACUCUUCGUAUUCAUGACGGACGACUCCCUCGCUGCCUCUCACUCGCCCACUGUUUGUUUGUUGUUUAUAUUUCUGAUGUAAAAAUAAAUGGACUUUUAUGAACGAC